GGAUCCUGAGCAAAGACCCGAAAGGCAGCAUUGCGGUCGGCGCAUGUGCGCCAUUUGCCGACGCAUCAAACGCGACAAAGCACUUAAAGUUAAGUUAAUGCUGAGGAGACCAAUUACCCAGUUAGUUGCCCAGGGUAUUAUGCCAUCUCCAAAAACACCCCCGGCAUUUCAUGAGCAACGUAAACAAUUGGAGCGCGCAAAGACCGGAGAUUUAUUGAAAGCUAAAAUUCAGCGUAGACCUGGACGUGAUGAACUCGUACGACAGCACAUACUUGAAGAUGUCGGACAUGUUGACCCAAGUCUUGCUGAGAGACAACGAAUGCUAAAGAAAGCGCGACUCGCUGACCAGCUUAACGACCAACUCAGUCAUCGGCCUGGUCCACUCGAACUUAUUCAAAAAAAUAUUCUUCACACGGAGGAACCCAUUGAGAGGGCAGUCAAAGAGGGCCACAUUCCCUUCAAAGCGACCUGCGAAGGUCAGGUGACGAAACCCCAGCCUCCAGAUCACUAUAUCACCUUCGAAGAUGACUCCCAGAGCUCCGAAGGCGUACCGUCCCCGCCGAUUGAGUCUCGGACAGACGUACUAGAGACAGCAGCAACGUCCGCUGGAAUAGUCACCGUUUCCUUGAGUAUUCCAACCACCGGCGGUGCUGUCGUAGUUUCCUCGAGCUCGCCAGUAUUUCAACAGACAACCGGAACCGAACCAACGAUACAAACCUUCGCAGAACUCUGCAACAGUGUCGUUGGUAACCAACAGCAACUCCAGCAGCAUCAGCAACAGCAACAGCAACAAAAACAACAGCAGCUCAACCACCAACUUGUCCAGCAUCAAAACCAACAACACACAUCGUCUCAGGCUAGUCAGACGAAUGGCCCUGGUACGACACUACUUCCUCUGGCACCUGCCCCUAGUCCUAUGUCACUUGGAUCGACAACAUCGAGCUUAAGUCCACUGUCAAAUAUAUCAAUAGCAUCGCCGCCAGCACCUCCACCACAAGCGAUAACACCAAGACCUCAACCGAGUCCAAUAUCAGUGACUGUUUGUCAGAGAAGUGACGCGCCCGGUAAAGACAAAAAUCGUAAAAAAUCUAAAACUAAAAAUCAGCCUAAAACUCGCACUAUCAAAUUUCACGAAUACAAGGGUCCGCCAAACGCGCAAAAGACAUCGGUAUCGUCUACUGCACCGGGUCUAGGAUCCGCGUCACCUGGGGAAACGAGCUAUGAGCUGCUUCUCCAUCAACAGCAGCUCUUCCUACAGUGGCAACUUGAGUUGCAGCACAAGUACCCAAAAAUAAUUCUUCCGGCUGCACAAAAGCCAUUAUCGCUAACGAGUAGCGGUGGCAGUGAUGCCGGUAGUAUAAGUGGUGGAAGUGCAAAUGCACCGAGUCCUGCACCAUCUAAUUCAUCAAAUAAUCCCUCGGAACAGCCACCAUUAAGGCCGUUGGGAAAACUCGAGGACAUGAAAGUCAGUGAUCUUAAAAUAGAACUCAAGAGACGAAACCUUCCGGUCUCGGGUUCAAAGCCUCAAUUAAUCGAACGAUUAAAACCUUACACGGAGACCUCGAGCACCAGCUUAACUGGAAACUCAAACGGACCUAUGAUUACACAUAUGGGACAUAUUCUUAUGGAUACUCCGGGUCCAUUAACGUCUGAUGACUCUAGUUCGCAUGCCAAAAGUCCUGAGUCUCCGAUAAAAGACGAACCUCAUAGUCCGAGAAUAGAUUCACCUCACAAUAGUGAACAUGAUGAUCCGGCUAGUCCACCAGGUGAUGACAUAAUAAAAGAACAACGCAAACGUAUAGAAGAAUUACAACAGGCGCUUUACAUAUCCCAGCAACAAUUACAAAAAAUCCGUCAAACUCAACCAGCAACAGUGCGAGCUGAGAAACUCGUUCUCCAGCAUCAUCUACAAAAUAAAAUGCAGCAGCAACAAUUGGCCCUCCAUUUGCAGCAGCUGCAACAUCUCCAACAGCAACAGCAGCAGCACCAGCAGCAACAGAAACAAAACCAGCGGCUACAAAACCAACAGCAACAACAACAGCAACAACAUGCUGCCUUCCAACAGCUAAAUGCUAAAGCUAGUCUCGCUGCUUUUCUGCAAUCGCAGCCAAAUAGUACGACGAUAUUAGACUCCGCAACUCUGACUACUAUUAAUAAUAAAAAGAAUCAAGUUAAAAAUAAUAAUAAUAGCAAUAAUAUUAUUAAUAAUAAUAUUAAUAAUAAUAAUAAUACUAGUAAUAAUAAUAAUAAUAGUAAUAACAAUAACAGCAAUACGACAGUUCAAUUACCAGCAGCAAUAGUACUAAAUUUAUCGAAACCUACUAAAAUAAACGGGUCGUUACUUGGCGCACUUGUGGCUCAAGCUCAGCAGCAGCAGCAGCAGCAGCAACAACAACAACAACAGCAACAGCAACAACAACGGCCUGUAAGCACGACGAUAACGUCAAUAGAAGAUAAAUCGUCACCUCCACAGUAUGAUGAUGCAGCUAAAUUACUAAAGGUUAAAAUCGAACCAGUGCAAAAAAAUCACAUAAAGAGUCAAGUAGUGGAUGAUGUCCUAGAAAUUCUAAUAAAAAAUGGAGAAUUGCCGCCUAGUGCGGCACAAGAUCCAGCGACUCCAACCACACCGAACCGUCAGUUGCAACAAAAUUUAGUAUUCUCAGCGGCAGCAGACAGCGCAACACAAAAUUUAGUAUUUACCGCAGCCAGUCCUAUAAGUCCAAUGGCGAUGGAUAUCAGUCAGAGCGGAUGUCCAAGUUCGCCAGCGUCAUCUUCGCCCCCUGUACCUCCUCCAUUACCAUUAGCGACAUUCUCCGUGCAAUUACCCAGUGCUCUACAUCAGCACGGACAGCAUCAAGACGAAAUUCCAUCAUUUACCGCUGAUUUAUUGAACUCAAAUCCUGAACUUGACACCGCGAUGCUUCUAAGUCCACAGUCUGUGCAACAGGGGUCUCCUGAUCCGCAACCUCCACAAGAAGUCACGUCUUCCGAUAACACAAAUCUUGACCUCAAGGAACUAGGUUUAGAUCUAGAAACCCUGGACACGAUGGACUUUGGUCAGUUGGAUUGUGAUCUGGGAGUUAAAAUCGAAGCACCACAAGAAUUUAUGGAUCUCGGUGACAUGCCGAUGGAUAUGGAUGAUCCUGAUUGGCUUGACUCCUUGAUGCCGCAAUCGCCUCCACCUUUGCAACAGACAACAAUCAAUCAGUCCAACAAUAAUCACAACAAUUCAUCACCAGUUUGUGCUCAAUCUACAGUAACAGAUCUUUACGAUCCGCUUCUUGCCAACAGUCAAGAUCCCUUUGAUCUUUUUAAUAUGGAAGACUCUGAUUUUAAAAUGUCCUCUGAUCUUUCUCUCACUUGGGACAAACUUGACUUCGCGACCUAGCCCGAAAUAUACUAUUGGGAUUUGGCCAUUUGUACUUAGCAGUAAAAAUUAAUUGAUUAAUUAAUUAAUUAAUUGAAUUAUUUUAUCGUCGUGUCAAAUAAACAUUGAACGCGUCGUGAUAGAUGUGAGUCUGAUGGUCCUGCCGAUGCUCUAAUCAAAUGUACUUAUGUAGUUUAAAAAAAAAUAUUAAUUUUUAUUGUAUAAAAAAAAAAGAUAAAUUUUUUAUUAAAUUAUUUUAAAAAUUUAUAAACGUUUUAGUACUUGACAGCUGUCAGUUUAUUUAAUCUGUAAUUAAGUAUGAGUCAAUUUAUUUUAUUUUUAUUAUUAUUUUUAAAAUAAUUGUUAAUAAUUAUUGGAAAAAAAACAAAGCUUCGUGCUAUCGUGGACCAAGACUGGAAAAUAAGUGCGCGUAAUUUUAUGAAAUUUAUAAAUUUUUAUUUGAGAAAAAUUAAACUGGUCGUGAUAAUAAUUAUUAUCAUUGAUAAUAAUUUUUUAUGGCCAGUCUCAAAAACUAGGGAACAACAAAAAAUAAAAUCGGACGAAUCGAUUGGAAAGACUUGAAGUGCGAGUGUUGACGGUGGUUUUAAAAAUUCUCCAAAGAAUUAAUCUGUGUAGAGGUUUUAUAAAAAUAAGUUUUACUCAACCUCAUGUGUGUUAAUUGCUUGAGUUAUUGUAAUAACUGCAGGUUAAGUGUGUGCUAAAAAUACCAGAUCAGAAAAAAAAUGAUAAUUGUAGAAUUCAAAUCUCAUAGCAGAUUGGGUAGAAAUUAGGGAUGUCGGGAUCGUGUUCGAAUAUAAUACUAUUCGAUUUGAAAUUUAUCGACAAGGGCAUUUUCGACAGUACCCCCUCCCUCCCACUUUGAAAAUAUGCAAUGACUCAACUGAUAUGAGCGUAUUCAAAUUUAAUUAAUUAAUUUUUAAAAAAUUAACGAAAUUUAUUAAAUAAAUUUAAAAAUUUGAAUCAUACUGAUAUGAUUUUACUGAAAAAUUCGAAUUAUUCGACCAAGUUUGAAUGGAGUAAUUCAAAAAUUAAAAUUAUUCGCACAUCUCGGAUAGAAGUACCAAUUAUGGCUACUGCUCCAUUUUUAGACAUUUAAUAUUUUAUUUUAAUUAAUCAAAAAGUGAUAAAAAUAUCUCUGUACAAAUUUUUUAAUUAAAAUUUUUCAUUGUCAAAAACUGGCCCUAAAGUGUCCAAAAACGGUACCGCUGCCCUUUAAAAAUAAUCACAUAAUUAAGAAAAAGAAAUAAAAAAUUUCUGCGCCUGAUAAUCAUUAUCAAGACUCAUUGAUAAAAAUUUUCAUCAAUGCCUUUAAUUUAAUUAAAAAAAAAAAAAAAUGAUAAUAAUAAAAAAAAAGCUAUCGAGUCUUCCAUGAUUUUUCGACGCAGUAUAACUUAUAAGCCAGAGUAUGUGAUUCUAGAAUAUAUAUAUAUUUAAAUAUAAUGUAAAAUUAAUAAUCAAUAAUAAAUACGAGAACGAGUUAAUGCGCUAAGCGUCGAUAGGAGAGAAUAAUGGGCACGGCAUCGCGCGACAUUGUUUUUUUUUUCUCCCAGUGUUAUAUUUAUUUAUAGUUUUGUGACAUUCCAUGCUUUGAAACUGUCAAACGAAUAAAUAAUGAAAUAAUUAUUUAUAGUAAUAUUACCACUAUCAAUUAACAUUUAUCGUAUCAUCUGAUUGUAAUUUGUCUAUUUAUAUAUUUAAAUUUAAAUGCGUUAGACGCAGCAACGGGAGAUUUAUCGUGACUGCCACAAUGCGAGAGAGAACGAAUAUUUUUAAAUAAUAAAUUUUUUUAAUUGUUAUUUUACUUGCGAUUGUAGUAAGAACUUUUUUUUUUUUUUAAUGGUGCGUUGUGGCUGAUAUCCAAAGAGAUGUCACGUUAUAGAUUCCGUAAGGGCGAGUUAUAACAUAAGGGCGUGGAAUUUUUUUUUCUUAAUUGACUAUUUUUUAUUUUAUAUAAAAUUAGAUAAUGAAAAAUAGAAAUUUUGAUUUAUUUGAAUUUUUUAUAUGCGUCCUUAUAUAGGUCAGAAAAAGGGACGGAAAACCUUAAGGUCGUCAAAAAAUAUUCUUAUAAUUGAAUAUUUUUAUGAUGAAUAUUUUUAUUUAGAAGUAUCUAAAUUAAAAAAAAAAUACUCGCCCUUAUGGUUCUUGGUACCACUCAGAGAACUAUAAGGGCGUAUUUAAAAAAAAAAUUUUUUCAUCAGGAAAUUUUUCAUUGGAAAAUAUAAGAAUAGAAAAAAACAAAUUUACUAUUUUUAAUUUUUUUUAUUCGCCCUUAUGGACCUUAAGAUAAGGGCCGACCUUAAGGACCUAAAAUUUAUUUUCAAAUAAUCAAUAGAAAUUUUUUUGUUCAUAAGUAUAAAAAAAAAAAAAAAUUUUAACGGCCCUUAUAGUUCCUGGUACCUGUCUAGAAUAAUAAGGGCGUAAAAAAAAUAAUUCUGUUGAUUGAUGUGUUUGUUAUGUAGACACACGAAAUUUAAAAACAAAAAAAUUACUCGCCCUUAUAAUUUUUCGAACCUACUCGAAGAACCUUAAGGGCCUAAAAAAUUUUUUUUCAAUAAUUUAUAUAUUUAUUUUUUAUCUAGAAGUAUCAAAAUUAAAAAUAAAUUACCGGCCCUUAUAGUUCCUGGUACUUAUCACUCUAAGGACGAAUAACUAUCGCUACUUACGUAGUCUGUAACGCGAUAUAUCCCUCUAGUUAAAUAUAUUUAGAUAUAUAGAUACAUAAAUUAUCAAUCGAAUAAUUUAAAUAAUCGAUUGCAGUAAAAGUUUAUUUAAUAAUUAAUGAAUAUGAAUAUAUAAUACAUACUAAUAUAUCAAUACGAUUAAUAAUAGUGUUUCGAUAAAUAAUAAAUAUUUUAUUUGAUUAUUAUUAAUUUAAAAAAAAAAAAAAAAAACAAAUAAUGCGUUAUAUUUCAUUGUAUUAUAUACUUUUCUCUAUACGUUCUCUCUGCAGUAGAAGAGGAACAAAAGUAGCCAACAUUCCAAGUACAUUAUGUUCCUCAUUUCCGUUUCAUUAAUAAGUAAAGUUCAAAGAGCUAAUAUACACAGAAAAAAUUAAUUUCUUGGUGCAAAAAAAAAGUUUACUUAAGUCAAGAAAAUUUUUAUUUGCCUUGAGAAAUUUUUUAUAUUAGGAAUUAAAAAUAAAAUUUUCUUGACUCAAGAAAAAUUUUUCUGACGCAAGAAAAAAUUUCUUGAGCUAAGAAAUUUUUUUUUUAGCCCUAAGAAAAUUUUUACUUUUAAUUCAUAAUAAUAAAUAUUUCUUAAGCCAAGAAAAUUUUUUUUUUAUAUAUAUAAAUAUAUAUAUAUAUAUUUUUUUUUCAUUUGCAUGCCGGUGUCGCUGUUUCUCUCAAGAACAAUGCAUUUAAAGCUCAACACUCGUGUUAAUUAACAAAACAACGAAUUAAUUAAAAAUUAUAAAAUCAAAUUAUCGAUAAAUUAAAAAAAAAUGCAUUUAAAUUAAUUGAUUAAUUUAAAAUUACAAUUGAUUGUUAAAAAUUUAAAAAUAAUGCCCAUAAUUUUUAGUUAAAAAAAAAAAUUGUUUUUUUUUUCAAUUAAAUUUAAUAAAAUUACGUACUCGAUUUAUCGUAAGAUAAUUUAAAUAAAUUAAUUAACCGGAUGUGUCAAAGAAUAUUUAUAAUAAUUAAUAUUUAAAUUAUUAUAAUAAAAUAAAUAAUCCUUAGCUGCCACAUAUCGCUUCCUUGUACCGUCAGCACUCGUUGCCAUGACAAUAAUCGUCUAAUUAUUGUUUUUGUAAAAUAUUGUAAUAUAUUAUUACUAUCAUUAUUAUCAUUAAUAUUAAUAUUAUUAUUGUAAUUUUAAUGUAUAAUUAAUAAUUCAUAAAAAAAAACUGUAGUGUGACAAACUAAUUUAAAAAAAUGUUAUUAUAAUAAUAAUAAUAAUAAUAAUAAUUACUCAGCGGUUAAGAAUAAUUGUGUGACUGAGUCGCGCGGUAAGGAUCGUUACUUAAUAAUAAUAAUAAAUAUUUAUUAUAAAAAUAAUAAUUAAUAAUUAAUAAUUAAUUUGUUAUGAUUUAUAAUUGAAAUAAUAAUUAUUAUUAUUAUUGUAUACGAUUAUAUUAUUUGCGAUUGGGCUGUGCGAAUUCUGUUGGUAGUUUUAUUAUUAAUAAUAAAAAAAAAAAAACAAUUAAGUCUCGAGUGUCUUUGUGACGUAACAAUAAUUAUUGCAAGUGCUUGACAUUUUGUUAAUAAAAAAUAAUUUGUGUACCAGACCCAAUUACUUGAAAUAUAUAUGACUAUUUAUAUGUAUAUUGUAUGAAUGAUUAUUAUAUAUAGAAGAAUGGUGUAAGUGAAAAAAUAAAAUUGUCAAAUAUGAAUAUUAUGUAAUAAAUUAUUUUAA